AUGUUUGGUGCCAAAAAUAAAAGGGGUAACGGCGUUAGAGCGGAUUCGGGACAUGGCAUAUUCAAUAUGGGCUCUUCUACGAACGGAGAAGAACUCGUAUCUCAAAGGAGCGACGAUGAUGAUAAAGACGACGAGAUGAUGGAUGCCAUAAGAAUUCCAUCGGAACAAGAUGGGUUUGAUGACGCAGAAACUGAAGAUGCUCUACAGAUAGAUCGAGCUACUCAGUUACCAAUCACGAAACUUCCGUAUGCGGAAGGUGGUCCAAUCCCCAAGAGUAGUCCAGAUUGGCUUAAGAAUGGGAGGCAUUUGGAACUAAGUAUUGAUAAGGCACAUAAUUUUGGCAUAUUGUAUGUGACUAGGAAGCUUGAAGGGGAAGAGGAGGAAGGGAAAACAGACAAAUUAGACAAACCAGAAACUUCCAAACUAUAUCCAUUUGAACUAGAACCUAAGAUGGAUAAAUCAGAGGAGAGAGUCAGUUUGCUAAACAAGCUAUAUGAAGAUUUCGAACCUUUAUUGAAAAAUAGAGCAUACAAGACAUAUUCAGAUGAUGAUGAUACAGGUUUAGAGAUUGGAGUGUUAAGUAUAAUAAGGAACCGCCGUGAAGAGAAGAAGACAUUUCUAAGAAGCGUCAUCACAAAUACUAUUGAGAACUUGAAGGAGAUCAUAUCUAUUCAGAUCAGAGAGAACGAUGAAACGACUUAUGUCAGCAUGUUCAACUACGAGGAGAUAUUGAACGUGAUCAAUCUAUUGAAUGCAUUGAAGUUUGCGAAGGAGGACGAGAUCAUUAUAUUACUUCAGAUGUGGGUAAACAGAGCCAGCUUACAGCCGGACAAUGAAUUGGUGGAUAGAGCAAUGGAUAAUGAAAAUGGUUCUCCAUAUAAGAAUCUUAUAUUUUGGUCUGCCUACUUGAAGAAACUUAUAUUGAGAGGAUACUUUGAUCAGGCAAUGAGUGCGUUAGACGAAUCGGGGUACGAAGAGCUGGAACAAAGUGAUGUUAAUUUGUUCAACCUGAUUACUGAUCUUAGGACACUAAUGGGCACAUAUGAUGCUGUUGAGUUCUCACGUGACUCGAAGUCAUUCUUUCAAUGGAAGAAGAACGUGGUGGAACUCAGAGAAAGGCUAUCAGAACUAGAGUUUGUUAAUAAGGAGAUCUCUGUGGAAGUGAGAGAAAUGAUAUCUACGAUGUCAGGAUUUGGGAAAACCAUUCAAGCCAAUUGUAGUAGCUGGUAUGAAUAUCUUUUGGCACGGUUUAUGUUCAGUCUACCUUCUAUGAAGAUGAUUAAUGGAUAUGUUGAAGAAGCUGUUGCUGCUUUCCCAGUGAAUCAGGUUUCCUCUUGGGAGAGUAUCUGUCAGGAGUUAUUUGAAUGCAAGUACCUUAAUGUGAUUUCAUCAUUGGAGAUGUUGGAUAGGAGUAUUGCGACCUACAUGGGUGUGUUGAUGUCAGCAGCAGGUCUAUUGAAGCCGUAUAGCGAAGUUAUGGGGAAUGACCAUGAGUCUGACAUUAAAACUACCAUUGAUCAAAUGCUUGAGGAUCUGACUCUUUCAUACUUUGCGGAGCGAGAACUCUUCUCCACAGCUGUAGGAAUUUUAGUGACGACAGGAAAUUCGAAAGCACGGGAAAUUGUUUCACAGAUGCUACCAAAGUAUCAGAUUCAAGAUAAUGACGACUUUGAGUGGAGUCUUUCCGUGUGUGCUAAACUGAAAUUAACUCAAACGGCUGUGGACAUCUACAAUAUCCAAGGAGAAGUAUUGUUGAACCAAGGUUACGAAUACGAGUCGCUUGAAUGCUUUGCGGAGGCAGGAAAUGCUGUGAAACUAGUUGAUACAGUGUGGAAGAUCUUUGAGAAUCUACUUCUUGACGGAGAACACGAGGACAGCCUACUAAAUGAGAAAAUAGAUGCCAACGAAAUCCAAUCUUCCAUACUUCGACAGGCACUUUCACCACUAGCAUUACUACGGGACAUCCUAAAGUACGAUUUAAAGUCAUCGCACAGUGAGAGACUAUCGUUUGAAAAGUUGAUCAAGUUGCUACAGUUCAAGUACCUCCCAGCACAUUGUAAACCAGUUCUUUUGCUCAUGCUUCUGCCUUUCUUUAACACUGCUUCGUUAACUUUACAUCAACUUGUUGAGAUCAUCAAAAUUCUAAACGAUUACGAGAAGCAACUAAGAGAAGAAGAGCAUGCUUCAAAGUAUUCCGAACAGAUGUAUCGCAUGGCAUUGAAGAGGAAGAACAUACACAAGUCCGGAAGUGAAUUUGACUGGAGGAAUAGACAGGAACUCCCGGUAUCUUGCCAGGCACUAAUAUUGAAGAUACGAGAGUUGAUUAGCUUUGAAAUCAGCUUCAAGUUCCUCGAGCAAAACUGA